AUUUAUUAUUAGAACAAUGCAUAUAAAAGUUGGGUCCUAAUAUAAAUUAAUCAGGACCCAACUUAUUCAUCAACAAAAGACUAAUUAUAUUGAAGAAGCUUUAAGGAGAAUUGAUUUAUUGGUAAUUUAAUUUGUUACUUCCUAAGCAGACAAAAAAAUAAUGUGGGUUAUAAAGCAUUUCUCUUCCUUUCUCUCAUUCUCAUCAAGCAAUCCAAGGACAACUGAACAUUCAAUAUUCAGGAGUCAGGAAGCAAUUAUAUCGCCAAUGAUAACCUCAAUUGUUAGCAGUUUGAUCCAUUCAAAGAGGAGGAGGAGGAUGGUCAUAGAGCUAGUUCCUCCAAGACUGAAGAAAGUCUGGAAAGAAUGGGAUUUGCGAGUGAUGGUUCUGCUUAGCCUCCUCCUUCAAAUUGUACUCAUCAUUAUGGGCAAUCGAAGAAAAUAUUCUCACAAGCUAUGGACCACAAUUGUUGUAUGGUGUGCGUAUUUAGAAGCAGACGCCAUAGCAACUCUUGCCCUCGGUGUACUCUCAAAUAAUCUUGCAGAUUUCUAUCUAGAAAAUAGUGGGUGCAUUGUUGAUGCCAAAACUGAACUAACCGCAUUUUGGGCACCAUUUCUUCUCCUACACUUAGGUGGCCCUGACACCAUUACUUCUUUCGCCUUGGAAGAUAAUGAGUUGUGGUUGAGGCACUUUCUACAGCUUGUUGUGCAGACAGGAACCACAAUUUAUGUCUUGGUAAUGAGUUGGACAAGCUCUCCCCUUUCGGUUAUGUUCGUUUUAAUGUUUUGUGCAGGGCUUAUCAAGUAUGGAGAGCGCACGUUGGCACUCAAAUCUGCAACCAAUGAGACACUUAGAAAGAAACUUGUAAAGCCCUCGCAUGGAGAAUUUUCCGAACAGAAUUUUGAUAUGAUACGAAGAGAGAAGCGUGACGCAGGCUAUUUUGUUGGAGUAGACAUGAGUAAUAUUGCAAAGGAGUUUCCAUUACAUCACACAGUCUUCUCUGAUUACAAUUUGCCUUCAGAUGGAGAUAAAUUACAGGUAGCCUAUGCAUUAGAGAAAGCAACUUUGAGUCAUAUCUUAGACUCUGCAUUAAACACUGGUUUAAGGGACAGAGUUCAUUCUCUUUUCAGAAAUAUGACUCCUCAAAAUGCUUUUAGAGUGAUUGAAAUGGAGCUUGGAUUGAUAUAUGAUCGUCUUUAUACCAAGGCAACUUUACUCUAUGGACGUUACAUCUUCAUCCUGCGCCUCAUCACUUUUCUUCUCACCUGUUUUGUCUUCCUUUUCUUUACUUUUCUUCAUGGCAAAGACAAGUAUUCAAAGAUUGACAUUUGCAUAACAUUCCUUUUACUAGCCGUAGGUAUUUUUCUAGACAUAUAUUCAGCAUUACUCAUACUCUCCUCAGACAGAUUUUACGCUAGGUUAAAUUUUGAUAAAAAGGUCUCCACCUCAAAAUCCCGAAUUUGUUCUCAACCAUCGAAUGGUCCUAGGUGGUCAAAUAAAAUGUGUCAGAUGAGCUUUCUGAACUGCUUCUUGAAGCUCCAGUGGUUGCGUUCCAGAUUGACCUGUGAAAGAUUAGAUGAACUGCUAGAAAAGCUAUGGUUGGUCCGUCAACCUGAAGAAAUCUCCGAAGACUUUCAAAAAUCAGUCUUCCAGUAUUUCAAAGAAAAAGCUGCCACAAGCCGAAGAGAAAACAAUAGUUUACAAGGAACAGAAGGCGGUGAUGAUUGGAUGGUCAGUGAAGCUCCCAAGUUUGAGCAAGACCCAGCAAAAGCCAUUUUAUUCUUUCACAUUGUUACAGAAGUUUCCUUCUAUUUGGAUGGAGAUGGAGAGGAUACUAAGAAGCAGUCUGAAAUUGGCAGACAGAUCUCUAGAUACAUGUUCUAUCUCUUAGUAAAGCAUCCUUCCAUGGUAUCCGUUGGCAUAACUCAGGUUAACCUUCAAAGGACAGCUAACACCCCUUACGAAGAGUCACAUUACCAUUCAACUGAAAAAGAAACAUGCGAAAGUAUCUUGGGAGGAUAUACUGGAGGAGAUCAAACUUUACUUGAUGCGAUUUCGUAUAUCAAAAGAGUGAAGCAAGAGAAAAAGGAUUUAAAAGAGAAGUGGAUGAAACUUGGUGAGAUUUGGAUGGAUAUAAUGGGAAAUGCAGCAAAAAAAUGCAAAGGGAGGGAGCAUGGCCAACAGCUUAGAAAUGGGGGAGAGUUGCUCACUCAUGUAUGGCUUCUCAUGGCACACUUUGGAUUAACCGACCACUUUCGGCUAUCAGACCAACAUCAUUAUGCAAAUGUGAUUGCAAAGUAGGUUAAGAGAGAGAAAGUCUGACAUGGUAUUUGCUUAAUUAGUUUUCACUUCACUCUGUUUUAUAAUAAUUAUUACUGGAUCCUCCUGUGUGUAUGUGUGUACUUUAAUUAAGCUUUCAA